AUGGCCUUCGAGUCCGGCACCGCCUAUCCCGAGAGCGACGCGGAUGAUGAGUACGAGAGAUCCGUCCAUGACAGCUCGCCCAUGCUGGCCACGGAUUCUGAGGCCUCGCCAACUGACUCGGAGGGCCCCUCUUCGAACGAGCACACGCCAACAACAUACGGCGCUCACAGUAGCGGAGAUCGGUUACCGGAGACCAUUAUCUCGGAGUGGACGGCGGACGAGUGUGCGGACUUUGUGAGCAGCCUGGGCUUGCGACAAUAUGGUGACCAGUUCUUAGAAAAUGAGAUCGUGGGCGAGGCAUUAGUGGCGUUGCAGCAUGACGAUCUGAAGCAGAUGGGGGUGACGAGCGUUGGACACCGACUUACGAUUCUGAAGAGCGUUUAUGAUAUCAAGAUCAAGCAGGAUAUACCCAUAGAGAGCGAUCAUUACGUCCCCUUGUCAGCAGAUGCUGAGGCUCAGUAUGCCACGGCAACCCUCAAGGAUAUCCAACACCUCGUGGAACAGCUACGAAUACGGGAUGAACGCAUGACCAUUGCCGAGAUGGAACUGCGCAGGAUUACAGCAGAGUACGCACGGCUGCGAGAAGAUUUACUGCCGGUAUUUCGCAUGGCCAAAGAAGCGCAGCCACUCCCAUACCCUUCUCAGGAUGCCAACGGCCAAACCGCUUCGUAUCACGAUACCUCAAGCACAAUAUCACCCCCAGCACCGACCCCUUCAUCGGGCCAGUCUGGUGGUGGCUUAUCCCGAAAGUACUCGACAAAGAAGCUUUUCUUUGAAGGAGGACCUAAAACCUCAUCUCCGACCUAUCUCCCAACUAGCCAAGAGAGGUCUUUGAUGGAACAAGCCCUGGACCCUGCGAAUGCAGCAGAGAGGGCAGUCCUAUCUUCAUCACAUCUAGCAGCAAUGAAUGGUGGGCCGACAGCAACGUCCCCUGGACACCUAUCGCCGAACCAACCGUCUCCAACAUCUCCUCCCACGCUAAGCAAUUCGACGCUUGCUUCUCGCUCCUACCGAUCCGACCUACCUACUCCAGCUCGCAGCACCUUCCAACAAAACGAUAAUGAUGCCUACCAAACUACAGCCUACUCUCGCGACAGCGCAAAACCAGCCCCUUCACGACGAGCGCAGACCCCCGCUCCCGAUACGCCCGCGGGCACUGGUGGUGGGGCAUCCGUUGAAAUCUUCAAAUCCUUCCGUGUCAGUAUGGAAGAUCCAUGCUACAAAGUCCUACCUGCCGCCCUCAAAAAGUACAACAUCAACGCUCCUUGGGAACAUUAUGCCCUAUACAUUGUUUAUGGAGACAAAGAACGGUGCUUGGGCAUGGAUGAAAAGCCUUUGAUAUUAUUCAAACAAUUAGAUAAAGAAGGCAAGAAACCCAUGUUUAUGCUGAGAAAAAUGAACAACAAUGCAGAUGGCCCAGUCGGAGACGUCCCCGGCAGCGCGGGCUUAGAUGGGAGGGGUGGGCGGGGCAUGAAUCAAGGCAUGCCCUAUGAUCCUCCCGGCGGGGUUCUAUAA